GGUAAACAGUGGCGGCGGGAAGCUGGUGGAGGGAGGUGUCUGUGGCCCUUUGCUCCUGUGUUUGUACGAGUGUUAUGAGGCCACUGAGCACUGGGAAUAGAGAGCAGACGAGUCCUGGGAGGCUCGGAGGCAGGUAAGGAUGCUGCGAAUUGAGUCCUACAUCACUCCCAUCAUCCUCAGCUAUGUGGACAAGUACAUCAAGAAUCUUAAACCUGAGGACUCGCAGGUGUCGCUGUGGGGCGGCGACGCUGUGUUCAACAACCUGGACCUUCGGCUGGAGGUGCUGGAACAGGAGCUGCGUCUGCCUUUCUCCUUUGUCAACGGGCACAUCCAUGAGCUUCGCAUUCACGUGCCAUGGACCAAACUCACCUCUGAGCCCAUCGUCAUCACCAUCAACACCAUCGAGUGUAUCCUGAAGCUGAAAGGAGGAGAGGCGGCUGGGUCAGAGUCGUCCAGUCACAGCGGGGCAGGGACCAAGUCAGGUGACAUUAGGAGAAGGCAGAAGAGACAAGACCUGGAGGUGCCAACAAGCUACGUGCAGGGACUCAUCAAUCGCAUCAUCAACAAGUGCGUUGUCUGCAACAACGUCGUCCUCAAGUAUGUGGAGGAUGACAUCGUUCUCUCCAUCAAUGUGAAGACACUGGAGUUUCGUUCGGUUGAUGGGCGGUGGACUCCUGCCUUCAUUGAUUUGACAGUGGAAGACCUCAUUCUCCGUAAUCUGGCAACCCUGACAGAUCUCACAGUGUGUUUGGACAAGAGAAAUGCAUCUGGGAAGAUUGAGAACUACCAGGAGCCUUUGAUGUACCGCUGCUCCCUGUCCUGCCGAGUGGUGAGGCAGUUCGAGUCCGUCAACUCCAUUCAGCCACUGUGCACUCGGUAUGAUGUCUUUUGCCCUCAGCUUCACUUCAGCCUCUCCGACACACAGCUGCCCAUGUUCCUCCGACUCAUGCAGCUAGCUCUGGCUCUGUACUAUGGGGAGCUUGGCACGGCAGGCGACCCAGAGCUGUGCCCCGGUGUGCCCCUGAAAGACGCAGAUGGGAAGCUUAUAGAUGACCUGUCCCUGGAGGAGGGGUCGUGGUCCUCCUGGGCGUGUCUCGGCUCUGCACUGCUCCCGGUGUACUGGGAGGACGACGAGGAGCACACCCUGUCCGCCCAUCGCCACCGCCUCCACAAGACACUCCACAUGGGCAUCUAUGUGGAGACUGCCACCUGGACCUUCAAACUGACAGAAUCGGUGCAAGACAGUGGGUAUUUCGGGCCCACCAAGAUGCACUUCACUCCCUUCCUUCGCGUGGAGCACCAGGGCAGCUUUGUGACGGUGGUGGUGAGAGGCAUGGAGGCCAGCAACGUGCAGCUUGGCAUAUCGUCCCUCACUGUGGAUCCUGUGGGCUUCUGCAUCUGUGGUAUUGCUGAUAUACAGGAGGGAAGCGUUUCCGACACCCAGGAGCAGAGUGUGGCAGCGCAGGGGUCCCCAUCCUUCCUGACGGUGGGGCAGGAGGGGCAGGAGUACUUGGGCCACUCCCUCUUUGACCCCCAGGUGCUGAUGGAGUCACAGGAGCUCUGGGAUUACAAGUACUCUUGGGACAGACACACCAAGGAGGCCACAGAAGCCAACCUACUGGCGAGGACAGGAGCCGUGGCAAUGGAUUACUUCUACCUGAUGGAGCUGCCGACUGACUUCAGCAGUGAGAAGCUGUCAGAGAUCAGCAGUGACCUUGAAUACAGCAACCUGAAUGAGAGGGCGCUGUGUCGCAUGGUGGUCGGGGCGUGUGAGGUCAACAUCUCCUCAGGCUUCUAUCACAGGCUGGAGGCAGUGAGUCACAGCUUGGCCCAGCAUGACUACCCCCCAUACGCCAGCCCUCCUAACCAGGAGCCCCCAGGACCCCUCCCAACGCCCAGUGAGGAGGAAGUGGCAGCGCUGGAGGCCAACACUCCCACCCGCUGCUACCUGCUGACCCUGAUGGAGCCAGUGGUGGUGCUGCACACGGCUCAGCACUCAGCCGUUAAUAUGAGGAAUGUCGUCAGUGCUAAGAGGAGGAAGAAAAACAGAAAGGCAUGCGGGGACCUGUGCAUGGCAAGAGUGCUUCCAGUUCCCCGUGUUCAGGUCAAACUGUCACGCCUGGACCUGGAGUGGACAAGACCUAUGUACCCCAAACGUCUGGUGUCUGCCGCCUGCACUCUGCGUCCCCCGUCCCCCGCCAUGCUGCACAACUGUCACGCACACCUCACUGUCACUGCUCACAAUUUAUGCUUGAGUCUGCAGUACCAGGCCGGCAGUGUCACCCUCCUUCACGGCUUCUCCCCAUCCCUGUAUUACAAAAGCCUGCUGCUGCCUCUCUACUGGUCCUCCCCUCACCAGCCACGCGAUGAGUACUUCCUGCAGGCCGAUGCCUUGAGUGUGGAGGUGAGUGCUCCACAACUGCAAUUGUUGCUGUGGCUGGGGCAGUCCUGGUGUGAGGAGCAUCCACAGCCUCAGUUGCUCCACCAAGACUCACUGGUGGAGGACGCUCUCUCUGCCCGCAGGCUGCCGGUGGUGGCGGUGAGGGUGCACAAAGUGGAAGCCAAGACCUGCGACACACCAUCUCUCAGGGGCGGCAUGGCCACGCUGGGCAGCAUGACAGUGGGUCUGCGCCGGCCUCACGGGGAGCUGCUGUGCCUCCUGGUGUCUGGCCCGGAGGACAAGCCAGGGCUGGAGGUGCUGCUGCCGGAGACCGUCUCUGUGUCUGACAAACUCAUCAAGGUCGCUUUCCAGUUUCCUAAAGACGAUUGUGACGAGAGUGUGCCCAGGAUCCUGACGGUGGGCAUGAAGAAAACAGCCUUCCUGCUGGACCCACAGCUGGUACAGUGGCUCAAGUACUCACCCAGGAAGGUGGACAAUGAAGCACUGACUGACAUGGUGUUUCUAAAGAAGAUCUCGGAGGUGCGCGGUGUCGGGCCAGUACAGCUGAAGCAGUCCGAAACAGAGUCCGAGGUGACCAAGGUGGAGUCCUCCACGGCGACACUCUCUGAGGCCAAGACGGAGAGCAGGGGCCUCCUCCACGUGCCCCAGGAGCUGCAGGAUGCCCCACACAAAUCAUGGAAGGAGAGGUUUGUAUGGUGGUACCCUGUUCUGAGUCGCCUGCUGGUGCACAUUGACCUGGACUCUGCCACAGUGUUCCUGCCAACCACACCACUCAGCAUUGCAUCUGAGUCUGGCCUGGUGAAUGCCGUGCACCGGACCUACCUUACCCGCAGCGAACGGGCCGCCCUGGGGGACACCCUGGUGCUGUGCCUGCCUCAUGUCCUGCUCCACAACGCUGCACAGAAACAGUCACUGCUGCACAAUGUCCACGACGUGCCUGUCAUCCUACCAGGGGAGAUCUGGGCCACAGAACGAGACAAGUUACCGUGGUCACUUAACCUGGGCAGCUUCAGCAUCUACACCCUGCACGGGGCCGGCCAACAUGUCAAGCUGCCGGUGCUCAAGCCAGUCAACACCACCGCCACACUGGCCAUCACCACUAAGUACCAGGGUCCUUCUCUGAGUCAGCUGGGCCUUGUCAUCCACACUGACAUGUCUCCCCUGGACUUCUGCGGCAGCCGCAGUCAGGUGGUGAGCCACGCCACAGUGGUAGAGAGCCUGCUGGGGCUAGCGGCACACUUCAUGAGGGAAUCCCCGGACCUGGGGGAUUCCAAGUCAUCCACACCCAUUCCACAAGCCGCCAUCCCUGAAGCCUCCUCACAGCCCAACCAAGUCAUGUCCCCACCACCUCCACCCCCACCACAGUCCCAUGCUCACCACACAACACCCCCCAAGCCGCUGCAGCACAGUGGCUCUGACCCCAACACUCUGCUGGUAACAGAGGUGGAGGAGAUAGAGGACGAGAGAGGUAAAAGUGUGGUACAUGUGGUGAGUGAGAUGGAGGCACAGACCAGCAGCGCCCCCCUGGUGACGGCCUGGGUGCAGUGGACGGUGGCGCGUGUGUCAGCCUCGCUGUACGCCAGAGAAGCCGGGGAGAUGAGGAAGCUAAGGGCCGAGAUGGAGGACCUGACCAUGGCUCUCGAUCUCCACCAGGUGUACUCCAAAGUGAAGGCCAAAGUGACAGCGUUCAGCAUCAUGCACUUCACUAAAGGGAGCAACAGCUGGGUGGCCGGGGAGCACGAGGGUGUGGUGAUGACCUGCGGCGACCAGCUGACCCGAGACGUGAAAGUCAUCAACCCUCGCAGCGGCACAGUUGACCCCCACCACCAUCACCACCACCAUGGCACUAAGGCCGCCAGCACCCCAGCAGAGCAGCCCAAGCCACAUGGGUUCCUCUCUCUCACUUUCACCACAGCACUGUGCAAGAACAUUCACUCCAGCUGGAACAACCUGAUCAAGAAGCACCUGAGUGACGAGAGGUGUCUGCCACGCAUGGGUGUGCCAGACCACUACCUCAGCGAGAUAGACGUUCGGGUCCAGCCAUUUGACUGCGUCUGCUUCCCUGCGUCCCUGCACAUCUUUGCCUCUGUGUAUGAGCCAUGGCUGCAGCUGCAUCUCCCACAGCAGCUCAUCCACACUGGUGGAAAGGUGGCCAAGGAACCCCUGGGCAUGAACAUCAACAACCACACCCUUCCAUUGGUCUACCUCCACACAGAGAGCAUCCGCGUGCUGCUCCCGGCCCGCGACACCUCCAGCGAGGACCCCGCCGUCCACAACAUGUUCCUCCUUCAGCUAGACUCCGUGGUGGUCACUCCACAAGUGGACAACCCACUCUCCCGCAUCAUGAUCCGCCCAGAUAUCUUCCAGCUGGCAGAGCGAGCAAGGAUCCUCGGCAUCCCUGGGUCAGAGGUGGAGGACCGGCAGUACCAGAUUGACGUGCAGGGCCUGAGUGCCAGUACAGGGUCGUGGUAUCAGCUGGUGUGCAUGAAGGGGGGUCGGCCUCGCAGCUCAUCCGGAGAGAGGCUUGGGGUGAUGGGAGAGAACCCAGCGUUGGAGUGGAACAAUUACGACCCCAUGCUGGACAACAAGAAUACCGAUGUUGUGUUGCAUCCAUUCCUGGCCAGGUUUGACAGUCGGGUGAUCGCAGCACCGGCCAUCGUGUUCCGAGGGGCGGGGGGUAAAGAAGAUGAGGAAAGCACAGGAAGAGAAGCAAGUGUCGGUGAGGAGGUGGCAGGGGGAGUAUCACGCAGUAUCCUUGUGGCAGGCCAUUCCCUAGAGGUCAAUGCCACUUCAGAUAUUGACCUGCACUUGAGCCUCCCACAAGUUGCUCUCCUGCAGGAUAUUGUGCAGGAUACCACCAGCCUGAUAAGUGAGAUGGCAGCACGUGGGUGGCAGGGCGGCAGGACAAGGCAGUCACAGGAAAUGGCAGACAGUGGCGUGGACUGUGACAUUUCCUCAGUGGAGCUUGCCAAGGGUGGAUUAGUGGGUCAGCGAGGCACCACCACCACCACCACUGCUACCACCACCACCACCACUGUGAGUCGCUCCUUCGUGCCCCUGGAGCUGCUCGUUACUGGAGGGAAGAUAACGGCGAGUGUGUUUGACCGGGGUGUUCUGGAGGAUGGACCGAGGAUGAGUGUUAAGGGGUGGCAGAGGAGUAAACUGGAGCAGCGGGCAAGGAAGAGAGAAAGGGAACUAGUGGCAGAGGCAGCGUCUACCGAGAGCGAGCCUUCCCCUCGCAGACUGCCGCACCACCGCCACCGCCACCCAGCCGGGGACACUAACUCAGAGUCACCCUCAGAGAAGGAGAUUGAGGAUGGCUAUGAGGGUUCAGAGGAAGGGUCCGUGUGUGAGGGAGGAGGCAUCAACCCACAGCAGCCUCGCAUCCUCCCCCUGCUGUAUGUGGUGGUGUCUCAGCCCCACGCCUUCCUCUCCUGCCAGCCCCUCAAGCAGAAACUCGAUAUCUCCUGCUUCAAUUUCAUCCUCCGUAGUGUUCUCAAAGGUUUCUCCGUGAAAGCCAGUGAAGUGAAACAGCUGCCAUGUCCCGAGGAUUAUUCAACAUCCUGGCUGGAGACUAAGCCAGGAGAUCCUCAUCCCAAGACUGGCAUUCCACCUGCCCUCCUUGUCAUCUCUGCCACAGACUUCCUCCACAGGCCAGGCUGCAUCAGUGUGGAGGUGGGCCGGCCCGUGCGGUUCUUCUUGAGUGAGAGUCGGUGGCAGCAGGUGAAUCACGUGUUCUGCUGCUUGAAGAAGGUGCUUCCUGAUGCUGUGCUGGGGACAGGUGCAGGUGGCCUCAGCCCUCCACCUGCUGACAAGAAGCCCCACACCCCAGAGCUGUCCUCCCCUGAGAGGCUGAGGCAGGCCCUGGUGAAGCUGGACAGCAUCUCCUUUGUCACCAGCCAGAUCGUGGUGAACUGGGAGGUGGUGAAGGAGCACAAGGCCAAGAGUGAGGUGCACAGCAGUGUCUCCGCCCUCAAGUUCUGCAUUGCCACGUCCAGGAAGCGUUCGCCUGCCACCCAGGGCCAGGAGGCCAGACCGGACUUCAUCUCGGAGAUUACGGCCACGGCAGACAUCUCGGACCUGCAGCUGAAGACGGUGUACCACUCCCAGAAGCUGCAGCCAUUCCUGCGGCCAUGGACGGUGGCGGGUGAGUUCAAGCUGCUGUGGCUGCAGUGGAGUGCCCAGCCCUACGUGGAGGUGCGGGUGGACACAGAGAUCCUGACGGUAGACGUGGGGCCAGAGCACCUCUUCUGCUUCAUGGACAUAUACCGCCACGUGCUUCCCUUCCUGCAGACAGGGGCUGAGGGGCGGGGCAUGGGGCAGCAGUGGCACAAUCCAGCUAAGGAGGAGCACCAGCACGACAUCCUGUACCAGGAUGACCUGCGGGCCGGCAUCUUCCAGUACGUGAGCCUGGCCCUGGAGGACCCCAAGCCCUACCAGGUGGUGUUUGACAAGAUGGCCGGCACCAUGGUGUGGUGCUAUCCCGAGCCGCGCACCCUCACACGGGUGGACAUCUACCCAGUGCCAUUCGUGGCUGCCUCAGAGUAUAGCAGCAUGGGCGAGGCAGAUGCCAAGGAGCAGGUACUGUGUGCCCUGCAGUACUUUGACUCUCUGCGGGACACCUUCAUCACCUACCGACAGUUCCAGCUCUCAGAGUCCAAAUUCUGCCAGCUGGACCUGCCCAGCUUCUAUGAGAAGCAGCACAUCGCUGUCUCCUCCACCUGGAGGGUCUGCAUUGACUUCUCUGAGGACGACAGCAACUCUGGCGACGGCCGCAUUGUGGUGUCCCCAGGGGCGCUGGCAGCCUGCAUGCGGGUGGACUCCAUGUUCUCCGUGGACUUGCUGCCCCGCACGCAGGCCGUGGUCAACCUGGGGCAGGUGCAGGUGACGUUGCUGAGCCACCUGGCACUGACAGGCAAGAAGCUGCCGAGGGCGCUGCGCUUCUUCACCUACGACAGGCUGGCGCCAGAGGAGCAGCCAUUCCUCACCUUGACGCUGGAGAAUGCCUUCCUGCGGGGUUACGUGUGGGCGGAGGCGCUGCACACACAGGCCGGCGGGUCGGUACGCAUGGACGUGCUGAGCUACUCCUUCCUGACCAACAGCUGCCUACUGGAGCCCACCUUCCUGGAGGGCAGCGUGGUGCGGCAGGAGGCAGAGGGCCCAGACAAACCCGCCUGUGUGGACUCUGUGGUGACAGUGAAGCCAAUGUUCAUCCACGUUAACCAAUCAGUGAUCCACACCCUGAACGUGGCGCAGGAAGGUUGGCUGCAGGUCUCAGAGACGGUAGGUGAUGUGGCCAGCGGCCCCAACACCAACUUGGUCAAAAAGUCCCCCAUGAUCUUCAUGACCAACUACCUCAUCUGCAACGACACCCUGGAGACCAUCAGGUUCGGCCAAGUGGGCACAGAGGAGAGCAUCCUGCUGGCCUCCCGCAGCCUGCACCUCUACUGCUGGAGGAGCCACAAGCUGCCCCCAAGGCUGCAGGCAUGUGUAGAAGGUGGCAAGUGGAAGUGGUGUGACCCAUUCUCCCUUGACUCUGAAGGGCCGCAGGUCCACACCAUCCACCAUGAGGGGCGUCACUUCCACUUCUUGGUGUCGGUGGAGCGCCUCUCCCCCACACAGAAGCUCAUCACCUUCUCUGGCCUGCUGUCCAUCGCCAACUGCCUCAUGGAAGAUCUGGAAUUCCGUGUUGUUGAGACCACCACCAAGGACAAGGACUCCCCAAAGCACACAGGGAUCCACGCACUCCGCAGCCGGUUUGUGGCGCCCUCCUAUGUGGGAGAUGCGCAUGGGGUGAGGGUGAGGCUGAUGGGUAGUCCUACGGUAUGGUCUGGGGAGAUUCCUCUGUCCUACGAACGCACCAAGGACUCUGUGUUGGUCAAGAUCCCUCUCAAGGUGAAAGGAGAGAGCAUCCUAGCCUGGUGUCGGGUGUUGAGGCAGAGAAUUGGUGGUGUGUGGCGGCUCCUGGUGGUGUUCAGCCCACAGUACAUGGUCCGCUCUCACCUGCCCCGCCCCCUCAUCCUGCACCUCACCACCCCAUCAGACAACACCACUACACAGGUUGUGGUGAAGGGCCGCGGCAACACCCACACCCUGCAUUGUGAUGGUGCAGCAACACACCACCUCACCUUCCAGCUGAACCCAGAAUUUGAGGUGUCCAGCCCCCCCAUCCCUCUUACUCGCAGCAUGUCUGACCAGAUCAGGUUGUCUCAGGGCCAGGAAGCAGUGGACAUCUCCCAGUGCCUGCAGCAGCUGUUUGAGGGGCCUGAGGAUCGCUGGCCCUACAUUGACUCCACUAACUUCAUGGGCGACGUGCUCUUUGCCGACCAGCCCAAGAUUGACCUCCAGGUGGGCUUCUCAGCACUGCACCCAUUCUGCAACACUCUGGUUGUGGACAUCAGGCCAUGGGCACUGCUGGUGAACCAUACAGGGGUGGAAGUGAUCCUGCAGGAGGCUGAUGCACAGAGUUGCUGGUUUGUGCCUCCCGGGGCAGUCUUUGCUCCCCCCAAGCUGGAGGGCCUGUUCACCAUUGGCUUGAUGGAGAAUGACCAGCACUUCCACACUUCCCCGCUGCAGCUGUCGAAGGAGGACCGCUGGUACAGCCUCAAGUUUGAGGGACGGAUACCACGGCAAGGCUACACGUGCCUGCACAUUCCCACGCAGGACAAGGUGUUCUUCAUGACACUGCUGUCCAGGUACGAAGAGAACAUACAGGUGAUGCACCUCAUGCCAACAUACUCCAUCGCCAACAACACCUCAGAGACUCUCACCGUGCGCUCCAUGUAUGUCUACGCUGGGGAAAACAAGAUACAGCUGCCAGUCUCCCUCCCAGCGCUGCCUCUCACUCCAAAAGCCGGCGCUGGGGACAUGGUGGAGACGCCGUUGUUGCUGUGGCACAUUCUCAGGGAUGCUGGGGUUUCAAGCUCAGACGAGGAACUUUGCUGCGUCCAGAUAGGACAGAGCGGGUACCAGGCACAUCCCAUUGUGGUGCAGGACCUGCCCACCGACCAGCGCAGGACCUUCACCCUCCCCAGCAGGAGCAGUGCGGUGCCUGUGCUGAACCGUUCCUUCCUGCUGACCUACCACAAGCACCAGGGGCAGGUCAAGAUGGUGGUGCAGGAGGACCCAGCACCCCAAAUGGUGAUCCACAACAACACCAGUGCUCUGCUAAUCCUUGGUCAGAGUUCCCCUAAGGAGGAAGGCAUCAUGGAGGAGGAGCUGGACACCUUUGCUGCCAUGCCCUCAGUGCCGCCAUGCAAGUCCGUCCACUACACCUUCCCCUACGUGUCUCAAAGGUUUCCCGAGAUUCUGUCUAGCACCGUCACCUUCCCUCGCCUCCACUUCUCACAGCCAGACAUCCUCAACAAUGCAGAGACAGAGGAGGUGCUGUGGAGCCAGGGUGUGGACAUCCAGCAGCAGUACGACCAGUUUGUCAGCAUCCCUGGCCACGGUGACGUCAAGGUCAGGAUGGAGCGCGUGGGCCACACCUCACAUGUCUUCAUCGACCCGGUGAGCCGCGUGGAGGUGUCGGCCAGGGACAUUCGCAGCAGGAUAGCGGCUGAACCCUCCAAGGGCCGUGUGGCCACCUCCACCAACAAGGGCCGGACCAUCAAGGAGAGGGAAGGCAUCAUGCUGGAGAUGGAGAAUGCCACACUGCCUGAGCUACAGGAUGAGACAAGCAGCCGGGAAGGCACAGCAGGGGAAGAGGAGGGCAGCCCUGAGAUGGUGGCCCCUGAAGUGGUGCCCAUUAGGAAGGAGGAGGCAGAGAAGACGACGACGGUGGUGUACUGUGCCUUCAUGUGCACACAGGUGGUGCUGGUACUGAAGGACGACGUGACCGACCAGGAGAACAUUUCUGAGAUUCUGCGUGUGACACUGGACAACUUCAUCGUGAGCCUCAGGCCGAAGAUUGACCUGACGGAAAAGCUGCGGGCACUGGACUACCGCGUCAAGGAGCAGGUGGAGGUGGUGCUGUUUGUGGGGGAUGUCCAGAUAGACAACCAGCUGCACAUCUGUGGCAAGUAUGACUUCCCAGUGAUCCUGAUCCGCCAGGACUCAGAUUCUGCCCCCCAACUGUCCCCGCUGGACCCCAUAGAGAGGGCAAUACAGAUCUCCCACAACAACGCACUGUUCACCCUCACCCUGGUCCUGGAGCAGCUGCCAACCAGGAACUGCCUCCACUCGAUGCACAUCCGCCUCAAGCCCAUCGUACUUUAUGCGGAGGACGCCGUCUUCUACUCCCUCAUGGACAUCCUCUCUUCCUUCCUGCCGCUGCCCAGGCAGAGGGUCCGGGAUGUGCGGGAGCAGCGGGAGGACGAGGAGGAGGCCCUGCCGGUUGUUAUGAGGAUGCCAGAAAACAUCCUGGCCAUAUCAGACGCCAUGACACGGCCAGUGCACAUCUCCAGCCUGACAGUGGAGCCUGUCUCCCUCCUGCUCAGCGUGCAUGCCUCUGUCAAGAUCUACGUGGCACUGGACCGCUCCCCACUCCACUUCGGGCAGUUCCAGCGCUCCGAGGUGCUGACCACCAGCUACAGCCUGGGCCACAGCCUGGCCAUGCAUUACCUCUCUGGGGCACUCAUGAGGGCUGGCUGGGUGGUGGGGUCCCUGGACCUCCUUGGGAACCCUGGAGGGUUUGCCCGCACGGUUGGGUCUGGCAUGAGGGACUUUGUACAGCUGCCAUACGAGGGCAUCCUGCAGGGUCCCUGGGCCUUCAUUGCCGGUGUGACCCACGGAUCCCUCUCCUUGGUGAAGCACCUCACUGCAGGCACAGUGGUGUCCUUGACCAACCUGGCCAGCUCAGUGGCUCGCAACAUGGAGCGCCUCUCCCUGGAUGAAGACCACGCACGCCGCAGCGAGGCCAGCCGGCGGGACCACCCAGCCGGCCUGGUGCAGGGCCUCACGCAGGGACUGUCUGCCUUUGGGAUCUCCAUUCUGGGCGCCAUUGGGGGGUUGGCGCACCAGCCCAUGCAGGCACUGAUGAGUGACGGGAUAACACCCAGCAGUGUGGUGGGUGGCGUGGGCAAGGGGCUGGUGGGCGUGGUCACCAAACCCAUCGGUGGUGCCGCAGACCUGCUGGUGCACACUGGUCAUGGACUUCUUCAGGGGGCAGGAUGGCACCAGGAACAAGUGCCACGUUUCCUGCCGACCUUGGAGCCACACAGGAUGGAGGUGAACGCGCCCCUCAAACUGGUGUGGAAAUUAGUGGCUGCGCUGCCUGAGGAGUGCCGGGCUGUGCUGGCGGCAGUUGAUGCUACUCACUUCACCUCAGCUGGCUCCUACACUCCUGUCACUGUCCUCCUCACUCCUCAGGUCCUCUUCAUCCUGGGUGUGGAGGAGGAUGCCCAACAGCACGCCCUUCCCCUUGCUGAGGUAACGUGGCGCCCUCACCCAGCCGACCCAACACUGGUCUAUAUAGAGAAGCUGCAGCCUGAACCCAAGCCACAGAACCUGGAUAUGGAGCCGGUGAGUGGGUGUCCGGAAAGGGUCGCUGAUUAUGUACGCAGCACCUGCAGUGAGGGCGUGGACGGGGCGGGGGCAGGGCUGGACUCCUCUGCGGCGUCAUCAGAGGCGGAGGAUGGGACACCAGGGCACCUCACUCGCAUCAAGCUGUACGUGGCACCGCGCAUGAGGUCGGCACUGCUCGCUGGUAUCAAUAUUGCAGCGCGGGCCAGCCAGGGAAGGGGAUUUAUUGUCUAGCAGGAUGGAUUGCCAGCCAGAGUUGUGAGGGGCCACACUCCCCACACCUUGGCACGGCUGCCUGAGUCACCCUACCACUCCCUCAUCUGCUGCCACAACUAACCCAGCACUACCUGACCUGAACCAACACAACACAAGGAGAUAGACACUGCAGCCAAGACCUUCCUCAAGAUUAGAACAUGUCAUAAAGGUGAAAACAGUUGUAGAGAAACACAAGUUGACCAAGGUUAGUAAAAAAUUACUGACUCACCAAACAUGACACAGAGAGACCAAAUAUAUACAGGGUACUGCAGCCAAUCCAUUCCUGAAGAUUAGAACAUGAUUGGAUAAUUGACUUGUUUUUGAUAGAGAAACACAUUUUGAUCAAGAUUACUAUAUAUGAGCCACAGCCCUCCUAAAUACAAGGCAGGUGUCAGUAAAGGUAUGUUAUUGCACUGUAUACAGGUGACAAAGCCUAGUACCUGUUAUUGAAAGAGUAGAAAUAUAUAUUACUAAUCAGAGAGAGGAGAAACAUGCCAAAAACACCCCAGUUAUUGAAGAGAUGAAGGGAGAAUGAAAAUAACCAAGAACUAAUGACUGAAGACAUGACAAAGAGAAAGAAAGAAAACAUACAAUAACUUAAAGGAGAAAAAACGAAUAAAACAUACCAAAACAUGAUCAUAAAUGAGAUAAUUAAGAAGGAAAGGGAACUGAAAACUAGAGAAAAUAAAUGAGAGUUCAAAUCUAGACCCCUUUAAGGUAGUCAUUCAUUUGUCCUCCCAAACACUUCUAAUGCUUAUAAAAAGGCUCUAGUUGAAGUCACACAGUUUUCUAAGUGUGUUUUUAUGGCUCUAGUAACAGAUCAACAACAUUUCUAUGGUAUUAAGAGGAUAAACACUCUUGAGACCUUUGCUAAUCAUCUCUGUGGUCUUGGAAAAUAGUCACGGUGAGAGAGUUAAGUGUUUCAGAGUACCAGCUAGCCACUCAUGGGUUUUAUAGUGACAAUUUCACAUGGAGGACUAAGAAGUGAGUGUGUUCCUUGUAACUGUGUGAAAUCAUUUGGCAAGCUGAGGAUUUGGGCUGUGAAUAUCUGAAAUUUGCAAUCAGCACUGAAAAAUGUAUUGGGUGUUUAUUUGUCACCAUUACUACAGCUUGCUUUUCAUGGUGUGUUGAUUGGUGUAUGUGAACUCUAUGUAGGUUAUGCCAGAAUUAUUUACAUAUCUUUCAUGGUGACCAAUGUGGGUGUUUCCUAAGAGCCCGGAAGAUUUUGUUGUUGUUUUUAUUUUGUUCUUGUCAUUUUUUUUUUUUCUAUUUUUUUUUUUUUUUUCCCAUUAUGUAGGUAGUCGUCGGUAUUGUAGUGUAGCAAUCUGAGCUUCUUUGUGCCCAGAAACAUUCCCUUCACUUGCAUUUUUUCUCUUGCAUUAGAUACUUUUUUAUUUUUUCUGUACCUUGAAAAUAACAUUACGUAUUCCCUUUGCUUCCAAUAUGGUAAUACUACAACUAAUAAUUCUCUCUCUCUCUCUCUCUCUCUCUCUCUCUCUCUCUCUCUCUCUCUCUCUCUCUCUCUCUCUCUCUCUCUCUCUCUCUCUCUCUCUCUCUCUCUCUCUCUCUCUCUCUCUCUCUCUCUCUCUCUCUCUCUCUCUCUCUGCCAUCCAAGAAAACCAUCCAUCAUUGCAAAGUUCAAAUAUUAACCUUCAGAAGCCUCCCGUAGAUGCCAACCCUUCACUGCCCUUCCCUCUCCCCUUCCUGCACCAUUCAUCCCAUUGGUAAGGAGUGGCAGUGCGUUCGUCACCCCUCGCCACCCCAGGAGUCUUAUGAAGGGGCUUACAAGGCUUUCAAGGGGUGCAAUCUCUUCCUAACUCAACUGCACUGCCUCUCUUGUUCAUCCUCAUCUCCCUUCCUCACCUCUGAAGAUUACUAGUUAAGUGUUAAGUUGUUUAUAUGUUGUGUGUAUUUAUUAUCAUAGGUACUGGUUUUGGUAAGAGGUUGAUUAGUCUCACUCUUGCUCCCCUGCUGUGUUGAGGAUGCAAUAUUCAGGAGAAAAGGCAGGAUGUGUUGGAGUGUGUGUUACUUGCCCUCUGAUCGAAACUGUGUGUAGACUAUCUGUGCUAAACUGUGAUAUAUAUAAGGAAUUGGUGUGUGUGUGUGUGUGUGUGUGUGUGUGUGUGUGUGUGUGUGUGUGUGUGUGUGUUUUCUGGUGUGGGGUGUGUGGAUUAUGUGUGUGUUUUUUUGGGAUGUUUGUGUGUGUGUGUGUGUGUGUGUGUGUGUGUGUGUGUGUUUGUGUGUGUGUGUGUGUGAUAUUUUUCCCUUUUCAUCCAUUAUUUGCAAGAGUACUGUGACAUGCACCUGAGAUUUGAAGGUGUGAAAGUGUAAAUUAUCUUUUUUAACUUAUGUGGGUGAAAAGAACACAUGGAGACACUGUGCUGGGAGGGAGUGGGUAAGUGAAAGAAGUGUUGUGAGUGUUUGUCGAGGGAAGCUGAUAUUUGCUACACUGCAUUUUGGUGAGGUACAUUUAUUCUAUUUAAGGUGAUUCAUGGUUAUCUUGGUGAUUCUGCACAGUGAGACGGGGAGUUUCAUGUACAAAGAAAUAGUAUUGAUAGUUUUUAAAGAGAGUUACAUUGAUAAACAAGCACAAAAGGGAAUUAAAACAAGCAUAAGAGGAAGCCAGUCAACCGAACACCUGUCAAUCUGUCACCUGGCUAGCAAUUACACACACACACACACACACACACACACACACACACACACACACACACACACACACACACACACACACACACACACACACCACAGCUGGCCACACACUUCCACAGCAUACAGUCAGACUAUUAAAUUAAAACAUAAAUUUAUUCCCCCAGUGAUCAUUAAUGCACUAUAGAUAUAGAAGAUAGUUUUGACUUUUUAACUUUAGAUACAAAUGCACUACUGAAAUAUUUAUGCACUUGAGUAAUGUCGGAUCUCUUGUGAUUUAUAUAUUCUUUUUUCUCUCUCUCUCUCUCUCUCUCUCUCUCUCUCUCUCUCUCUCUCUCUCUCUCUCUCUCUCUCUCUCUCUCUCUCUCUCUUCUCUCUUGUUUUUGUCUACUUUUUUUUUUUCUUUCUUGUGGUUUGAGUGAUUUCAUGAAAGGAGUUUUGUGUUCUAUUGUGCAAAAUUGGUUUAUCUAUUCUGAUAAACUUUUCUAUUUAGUGUUUUUUGGGGAGAGUAGCUGUUUAUUGGGUGCUCUCUCUCUCUCUCUCUCUCUCUCUCUCUCUCUCUCUCUCUCUCUCUCUCUCUCUCUCUCUCUCUCUCUCUCUCUCUCUCUCUCUCUCCUUAUUAAUGAGGUGCUGAGAAUUCUUUUGAGUGUGUAUAAGUAAACAUUUCCAGCAAGGUAGUCUUUUAUAUGACAAACGUGAGAUUUAGUGGAGCUUAUACAAUGACAAACGUGAGAUUUAGUAUACCUUGACAUUAUUACAUGGAGCUUAUGUAUGCUUGUCCCUAUUAGGUGGAGUGAACAAAAAAACAAAAAGGGAGGGUUGGAAAUAAUAGGUCCUGAAAAACUGCCAUUAUAUGUGAAGAUAAUCUGGGAACACAAUUUUUUAUUAUUUGUAUUAAGAAGAGAUAUGAAAAAUGGUUGAUGUAAAAUGGUGUUCCCAAAAAUUAGUUAGGGAACAUAAACAAAGAUCAGUAUAUGUCGUUUAUGGUCAAAAUACAUGAAAUUUCAGUCAAAAUACAUGAAAUUUCAGUUGAUAUAGAAGAGGAUGUGAAAAAAAAAAGGAGAGAUGACUAGAAAAAAGAGCUUAUAUAAGAUGUCAUUCCCUUAAAAAUAGUUAGGGAAGGUAAACUAAGAAGAUCACUUUGUUUAGAGAUGAAAAAAUGCAAAAUUCCAAAUAUAGAAGGGGAUAUGAAAAGAAUAAAGAAGUAUGGAAAUUCACGUAUAAAAGCCAUUCCCUCAAAAACAGAGAAAAUAGACAAAAGACCAAUAUACACUAUAGUAAAAAAAAAAAAAAUAAAUAAAUAAAUAAAUAAAAUAAUAAUAAAAUUCCAGUAUGGAUAGUGGAGAAUAUGAUUAUAUUUUGAUGUGUUAUUAUUCCUAGUGUUUCUUCCAUGCACAACUGUUCACUCCUUCCUUAACACUGCCAUAACGUAAUGAGAGGCGGCAGUGAUGAGGUAAUGUCAUUAAUGUGUGUGUGUGUUUGUGUGUGUGUGUUACAGGCAGGUGGUGGAGUGACAAGGAGGAAAUGCAGUCACUUGGCCAUUGGUGCUGAAUUAGUAACAGAAAUAAUGAAUGCUUUGUAAGAAGUGUGGAAGAAUGAAAAGGUUAGGGAGUUGGUUGAUUUGACGCGACUUGAUGGAAUAGUUAAUGUUUUGUAAGAAGUGUGAGAAAAAGGAUAGUUAGUUAGAGAGUUGUUUCCUAAUUUAACUUGAAAAUGUUGAAGGUUAUGUACGAAAUGUGAACAAAAAAAGUUAGAGAGACGAAAACUUGUCAUAACUCAAAGAAAAAUGAUGAUAAAAAAUAGAAAUGUAAAAAAGGCAGUUUAAUUAGGAAAUAAAUAAAUCAAAUAAGUAACAAGUAGUAAUAUAUAAAAAAGUAAAGAAAUAAAGUAAAAAAUAGGAAAUUAAUCUGAACUGUGAACUAAACAAAAAAAAUAAUAAUAAUAGUAACAAACAAUAGUAUCUGAGAAUUAUUAAAGACAGAUUAGUUAGAGAGCAAACAAUAAUCUAACAAACUUCUUAAUCUCUCGUCUUAUUUCACCAUUCAUAAUCACAUGCAAGCUUUAACAGGAGGGAGUGUCAUUGUGUGGCAGUGUUCGUGAUAGUGUGUUGAUUCUUACAGGGAGUGCGUGUAUCAUGAGUGCGUGCGUCAUUAUAGAAAGUGUUUACCAUGAGAGGAUUCAUCAUAAAGUAUGUUAAUCACUACGAAAAGUGCGUGAUAUCAUUAUAGUAAGUGUGUCAUUAUAUAGUGUGUGGUAUUCAUUAUAUAAUCGCGUUUGUCGUGAGGAAAAGUGUGUAAGUCAUAACAGGAAGUGCGUUUACUAUGAUUAUACAAAAAAAAAAAAAAAAAGCUAAUGAUCAUCUGAAGUGUUUGUGUGUAUCAUAAUGUAAAGUGUUGAAUCAUCAUAGCAAGUGUGUAUCAUUCCAGAAAGUGUUUAUGAUGAAGCUAAAUUAUUAAUGAAAAUAAUAUAUAGCAUGAUUAUGUGUUACAAUAUCAGAAGUAAGCAUGCAACAAUACAACAUAAACAUAAUAUAGUGUGUGUGUGUGUGUGUGUGUGUGUCGUCAAGUGAACAUCUGUGUGUACGUGUAUGUAUAUCCGUGUGUGUGUGUGUGUGUGCAUCAACACUUGUGGACAGUCGGUACCUUCGUUAUGGCUGGUGGCACACACAUGACCCCUCGGCCACGUCGAUCUAGCUGCCUCUUCAAAGUAUAGGAUAUAUUAUUUUGCAUACAAUAAAUCGUGAAAUAAUGGGUUUA